GAAAAUAGUAAAAAAAGAAAAGAAAAAUAAACAACAAAAACCAUUCUCUCCUUCUCUGCUUCCCAACAAGAUUUGCAGAGAGCUUUCAACAGAUCUGUUGUUGACCACGGAGACAGAGAGAGAGGGAGAGAGGGAGAUUGGGAGAAAUGGAUUCAGCUCAGCCGACGGACACCGUCAUGGAGGACGCGGGGGCGCCGGCGCAGCCGGGGAAUCCGCCGCCGUCUCAGCAGGGCCAUCCGCCUCAGGCGGCGCAGGCCGCCGGGAUGGAGAAUAUUCCGGCAAGCAUGAGCCACGGCGGCCGAUUCAUCCAGUACAACAUCUUCGGGAACAUUUUCGAGGUUACCGUCAAGUACAAGCCCCCUAUCAUGCCCAUCGGCAAAGGCGCGUACGGAAUAGUUUGUUCGGCUUUGAAUUCGGAGACGAAUGAGAACGUAGCAAUAAAGAAGAUUGCGAAUGCAUUCGAUAAUAAGAUCGACGCCAAGAGGACUCUUCGGGAGAUAAAGCUUCUGCGCCAUAUGGAUCACGAAAACGUUGUUGCUAUUAGAGAUAUAAUACCACCUCCUCAGAGGCAGUCAUUUAAUGAUGUUUAUAUUGCAUACGAGCUAAUGGACACAGACCUGCAUCAAAUAAUUCGUUCCAAUCAAGCAUUAUCAGAAGAGCACUGUCAGUACUUUCUGUAUCAGAUCCUCCGGGGGUUGAAAUACAUACAUUCUGCCAAUGUUCUGCACAGGGAUUUAAAGCCGAGCAAUCUCCUCUUAAAUGCAAAUUGUGACUUAAAAAUAUGUGAUUUUGGGUUAGCUCGUGUUACCUCGGAAACUGAUUUCAUGACAGAAUAUGUGGUUACAAGAUGGUAUCGGGCACCUGAACUGUUAUUAAACUCUUCAGACUACACUGCAGCCAUAGAUGUAUGGUCGGUAGGUUGCAUUUUCAUGGAAUUGAUGGACCGAAAGCCUUUAUUUCCUGGCAAAGAUCAUGUGAACCAGCUGCGUUUGCUUAUGGAGCUGAUUGGCACCCCAGCUGAGUCUGAAUUGGAAUUCUUGAAUGAAAAUGCAAAGAGAUACAUUCGGCAACUUCCUGUCCACCGUCGGCAAUCAUUCACUGAAAAGUUUCCACAUGUCCACCCAGCAGCUAUUGAUCUCAUUGAGAAGAUGUUAACAUUUGAUCCUAGGCUGAGGAUUACAGUUGAAGAUGCACUAGCACAUCCAUACUUGACGUCGUUGCAUGACAUAAGUGAUGAGCCAGUUUGUAUGACUCCCUUCAGUUUCGACUUUGAGCAGCAUGCGCUGUCCGAGGAGCAGAUGAAGGAGCUGAUCUAUAGAGAGGCCCUUGCAUUUAAUCCUGAGUAUCAAUCAGCAUGAAUUGAAGAGUCAAAUUUUUAAUCUUUUUGGCCUUGGUCGGCGUGGUUCUAUGUUUCAUUUGUUCUGGUGAUUUGAUGAUUUCUUCAUGUAUAUAUCUUCCAUCUGAGAUGGACUUUACAUUGAAAUAUUUAAUUAUGGGCAGAAUUUUCGGACCUUGACAAUUGAUAUGGUCUGUGCAUGGACUUCUUUUUAAAA